AUGGCUGCUGCUACUGCUAACAUCCCCAUCAUCGACAUCUCUGGUGACCGGGAUGUCGUCGCUAAGCAGCUGGUUGACGCCGCUCACGAGCACGGCUUCAUUUACAUAAGAAAUCUCGGAGCCGAUAUAUCUGCCAGCAGCAUUGACGGGGCCUUUGCACUAUCUCGGAAGCUGUUUGAUGCUCCCCUCGCAGAGAAGCAGGCGUGCACUAUUCAGACGAAUAACCGCGGUUGGUCUGGCAUGCACUCGGAGACUCUAGACCCCAAACACCAAAAGGUCGGGGACUUCAAAGAGGCCUUCAACUUUGGCGAAUUCAUCGAUGGGAAAGCCCAGCAGCCCCUCCCGCCCACCAUCGCCGCCGACGAGCCACAGGUCAGCGCAUUUGCAGACUCAUGCCACAAACUCUGCCGGAAGCUCCUCCACCUACUCGGAAUAGGCCUCGAUGUGGGCGAUUUCUUCUCCUCAGCACACAGCACCAACGGCGAAUCCAGCUCCAUCUUGCGGCUCCUCCGCUACCCGCCACCUGACCAGACCUCUCGCUCCAGCGAUGAUAUCCGUGCCGGCGCACACUCUGACUACGGCUCCGUUACGCUACUCUUCCGGCUGAAAGGUCAGGCAGGACUGGAAUUGCAAAAGAAAGACGGCUCUUGGGCCCCUGUCCCCGUCUGCCCUCCAGGCUCAGAGAACGAUCCCAGCCCCCCUAUUCUGAUCAACAUUGGAGACCUGCUUUCUUACUGGACCAACGGGCUGUUCAGAAGCACCGUCCACAGAGUGGUCUUCCCAUCUGAUAAUGUAGCAAGCAAGGUAGAGGGCGAGACUAGCGCGGGACCGCGUUACUCGAUUGCCUUCUUCUGUCAUCCGGCGGGAUCGGUGGCGUUGGAGCCUGUGCCUAGUGAAAGAGUCAAGAACUUCAUUCCGGAUGAGAGCGCGCCGAAUGAGAACCCAUAUGCUGAGAGGAAGGUAAUGACGGCGAAUGAGCAUCUCUUUAUGAGAUUAAAGGCGAGCUACGGUACUUUGUACGAUGAUGAAAAGAAGCCGUGA